AUGCGUAAUCAUUACCUGUAUCCUGUAAUCGCCGCUGGAAUCAUAUACUUAUACGUUUCUGCAAAGUGGACGGGGAAACCAUUUUGUCGUUGUAGACCAAAUCAAUCAUGUUGGCCUAGCAUUGAUGAAUGGAAGUCACUGAAUGGAUCGAUCAACGGCAAUCUCGUUAGAGUAAAGCCAAUUGGAGCAGCUUGCCGCGAACCGGAUUUCAAUCACGACGCAUGUAUCGAAACGCUGCUUCUAUCCCGCAACAGUGGCUGGAGAGCUUCAAAUCCAGGCGCUUUACAAGACUGGGUAUGGGAAAGUGAAAACUUUCAGAACCAUAAUUGCAGCUUAGACGUAAAUUCAGGACGCAGAUCUUGUAAUCAAGGGCGAGUUCCAAUAUAUUCUGCUGUCGUUCAAUCUCCUCAGCACGUUCGCAAAGCAGUCAAAUUCGCUAAAAAACACAAUUUGCGGUUAGCAAUCAAAAGCACUGGACAUGAUACUUCUGGAAGGUCCAGCUCGCCAGACUCUUUCCAGAUCACUACUCAUCUUCUCAAAGAGAUCCAUGUCCAUCGGGACUUUUUAGCUACGGGCGCUUCGAGAACUUCGGGGCCCGCAGUGUCUGUCGGUGCUGGUGUGUUGCAAUCUGAGCUCUAUAGGAAAGGCUCACAAGAAGGAUUUACAAUAGUUGGGGGCGAGUGUCCGACAGUAGCAGCUGUUGGUGGGUUUCUUCAAGGUGGUGGUGUUUCAAGUCUUCAUAGUCACACAAGAGGAUUGGCUAUUGAUAACGUACUGGAAUACCAAGUUGUCACUGCGGAAGGAAAGCAACUCAUCGCUAACGAAUACCAGAACAAAGAUGUUUUCUGGGCUCUCAGAGGCGGUGGUGGUGGUACAUUCGGCAUAGUCACCCAGGCUACACUACAGGUGUUUCCUGAUGAUCCCACCGUUAUAAGUACUUUAUCGAUCUCUGUCCAAAGUCUAGGAAAUGUCUCACUCGUGGAGACAAACAUCCUUGGUCUUUUGAAAAUCUUGCAAAGAUUUAAUAAGGAAGAUAUUCCAGGUCAAUUUAUUCAACGAAGGCCUUCUUCCACGAUUUUAGAGGCGACUCUAACUUUAUAUUUCUUCAACAUGACCAAAACAGAUAUCGUUGAGAGACGUAUAAAAGGUCAUUGGCAAACAGUCUUUGAAAACGACCAAACCGAAGCUACACUUUCCGUGAGGUUUCAGCCCAAAAUUAGCUCCGAGCUUCGAAUGGUUCCUGAUAUUUAUCCCGAAAAUUAUGGGAUCCUCUCGGGUUCGAGUCUUAUCUCUAGCCAGCUGUUUGAGUCAGUUCAAGGUCCACAAAUUAUUGCCAGAGCCUUUUCAGAACUACUCAUGGCCCCGGAUGACAUCCUUUUUACCAGUAAUCUUGCAGGCCUUGUAAAAGCGAGUAAUGGCUUUUUGAAUACUGCAAUACACCCUGCUUGGCGAUCAGCUGACCACCUUAUCAAUUUUGUCCGUGCCGUUGAGGCGAAUACGCUGGGGAAGAAGUCAGCGUUUGAAGAACUUAGCAACGUUCAAAUGCCUAUCUUAUACUCGAUCGAAGAUCCCAAAUCCAGGGUGUCAUAUCGUAACUUGGGCGAUCCUAACGAAAAGAAUUUUCAAGAAGUAUACUGGGGAAAGAAUAAUUAUGAAAGAUUGUUAAAUAUCAAAUCUCAAAUAGACCCAGAGGACCUGUUCAUGACAAGAUUGGGAGUUGGUAGCGAGGGUUGGGAUACAGAUGGAAUGUGCAGAGGAAAAGGUCUUUCACAAGCUUCUUGGGGUCCCAAGUGGUCUGGAAUUUUCCGUGUGCUUCAACACCCUAUACGGGAUUAG